AUGGCUUAUUUUGGAAAUAAUCCAUAGCGUGGAGAAUUGCAAGAGCUUUAUGCGGAUUUAAAUGACUUAAAUUUUGAAAAGAAGAAAGAAGUAAGGAUUAAUUACAAUAAUGUAGGCUGUAAAGAAAGUUAUAGCUUAUAUGACUGUGGGUAAAGACGUAUCAGAUCUCUUUCAGUCAGUUAUUAAGUGUUUAGAAUUUAACGACAUAGAGAUGAAAAAACUUGUAUUUUGAAAAUAAUUAUUCGAUAGAUUUAUCUAUAUAUUGUUAACUACUCCAGAUAAAAACCUGAUGAUGCCAUUAUGGUGAUAUAAAAUUUUAGAAAAGAUGUGAGAAAGUCAGAGAAUCCUUUAGUAAGAGCACUUGCUAUAAGAACCUUUGGGUGUUUACGUGUUCCUAAACUUAAUGAAUAUUUAAUUGAGCCUUUAAAAGAUUGUAUAACAGAUGAAGAUCCUUAUGUACGUAAGACUGCUGUUUUAUGUGUUCCAAAAGUAAUUGGUGAUUUGAUUUCUUUAGGUUUAUGAAGUUUCACCUGAAUUAUGUCCUCCACUAUUGGAAUUAUUAUAGAAAUUAUUGGAGAAGGAAUCAAAUGCAUUAGUUUUGGCUAAUUUGAUUUAAUCAAUGAGAGAAAUUGAGAUUGUAAGUGGCAAAUAAAUUAUCAAUUUGAAUUAGAAGAUCAUUUAAAAGUUAUUAUUAGCAGUUGAUGAAUGUAUAGAGUGGGGAUAAAUAUUUAUUUUGGAUUAUUUAGCCACUUAUAAUCCAUAAGAUUCAAAAUAAGCUGAAAUUAUUAUUGAAAGAACACUUCCAAGAUUAAGUCACAUAAAUCCAACUGUUACAUUUUGUGCUGUUAAGGUUAUACUCAAAUAUUUGGAUUUCUUAGAAAAUGGAGAUCUAGUUAAAAAUCUAUGUAAGAAAGUAGCACCAUCUUUAAUUUCUUUAUUAUCUUGGAAUCAACCAGAAGUUUAAUACACAAUUCUCAGAAAUAUCUCUUUGAUUUUGCAGAAAUUCCCAAUCUUAUUUGAAAAUGAAAUUAAAGUAUUUUUUUGUUCAUUUAAUGAACCCUACUAUAUUAAAUAUGAGAAAUUAGAUAUUAUGAUUAGAAUUUGUGAUUCUAAAAACUUUGGAUAAGUUUUAAAUGAAUUUCUCAUUUAUUUAAAUGAAGCUGAUCCUCAUUUUGUUAGAAAAACUAUUAAAUCUAUAGGGAAAAUUGCUAUCACUUAUGAUAAAGCCAUAGAUAAGUAAAAUUAAAAUUUUUAAUUCAUAGAGCAGUAUCUAUUUUAAUUGAAUUUGCUAAAAAUGUUCAAUAACCAACAGAACCAGUUUAAGAAUUACUUAUUUAAAUGCAGCUUAUUUAUAAGAAAAAUAAAUAAAUGUAUAAACAUGAAGAUAGUCUAAAAAUCAUAUAUUCAAUUAUUGAUUAUGCAAAUGAGCCAGAAUCAAAAGUAAUUAUGUUUAUUUAUAAUAUAUAGAGUGCAUGUGCUUGGAUUAUAGGUGAAUUUGGUGAAUUUAUUCCAAAAUCAGUUGAAAAAAUGAAAGAAUAUAUUGAUAAUUUCUAAAUGGAAGACAGAUUAGUCUAACUUUAAUUACUAACUUCAGCAGUCUAAUUAUAUCUCAAAUAUCCAUCAUAGUGUUCUGUUUUAAUAUAAUAAUUGAUUACUUCAGCCAAAGAUUCAUUUAAUCCUGAUGUUAGAGAUAGAACAUAUAUUUAUUGGAGAUUAUUAUCAACAGAUCCAGAAAUUGUUAAAAAUUUAGUUUGCUUUAAUAGUGGAGUCUUCUAGAAUUUCUCAAAAGACUUACGCUUAUGGGAUACUAAAGAUUUAGUUAUAGCUUUAGAAAAUAUGGGAAGCAUCAGUAAUCUAUUUCAUAAAUUACCACAUUAAUUAUAUAAGAACAUCAAGAUCAAAAUUAAGUAUGUAUUUAUUCAAAUUUCAAAGCAAUUAACAAGACAUUAAAAUCUAUAAAGGUGAAGAGAAACAAGAGACUUAAACAUAAGUAUAAUAAAAUGAAAAUAAUAAAAAGGAUUAAUAAUAAUAAUAAUAAUAAUAAUAAUAAUAAUAAUAAUAAUAAUAAUAAUAAUAAUAAUAAUAAUAAUAAUAAUAAGAUAUUGAUUUGUUAAGUUUUGAUGAUCCUCCUGUUAAUAAUAAUAAUAAUAAUAAUAAUAAUAUUAAUAAUAAGACAGAUUUAUUUGAGCUUAUUUGA